GCGGGUUUCUGAGUUGUAUUUAUUCGAACGACCGACGCCAGAAUGAAAUUGGCUUCCCUUUGCGCCCUUCUGACAAAAGCAGCUCUUCGCCUUGAAAACUGGUUGUAAAAAAAAAGGGCGCCCGCUCACUCACUCAUAUACACAUACACACACAGAGAGAAAGAGUGGAUAAGAAGCAAGGCAGGGAGGAGAACCAAAACAAAGGACAUAUUUGACAGUGAUAAUCAGCAGAUGCCAUGAAGCUGCUCCGCACCAGAUGUCUGACCUUCAUCGCCAUUUAUUCGCUCUUGCUGCUGAGCAUUUCGUAUCUUUUAGACUGCCGCAACAAGCCGCGGGCUCCGGGCGAGCAGCCGCUCUUUCCCAGGGAGUGCCCGGACGCUUCAGCCCCGGAGGUUUGGGCGGAUUGGGGCAACGCGACCCGGACGGAGGCGGCCAGCGGGAAGGGCAAGCAGCACAUUUACUUGCACGCCACCUGGAGGACGGGCUCGUCGUUCGCCGGCGAGCUCUUCAACCAGCACCCGGCCGUCUUCUACCUGUACGAGCCCAUGUGGCUCAUGUGGCAGGCUCUGUACCCGGGCGACGCCGAGAGCCUGCACGGCGCGGUGCGGGACAUGCUGCGCUCGCUGUUCCGCUGCGACUUCUCGGUGCUGGGGCUGUACGUGGCGGCGGCGGGCCCGCUCACCACCCGCUCCAUCUUCGGCUGGAGGAACAACAAAGUGAUCUGCUCGGCCCCGCUGUGCGGCGCCUACAGCAAAGAGCGGGUCGAGCUGGUGGACGGCAGCGUGUGCGAGCGGCAGUGCGAGGCCCGCCACAUCCAGGAGCUGGAGAGGGAGUGCAGGAGGUACCAGGCGGUGGUCAUCAAGGACGUCCGGGUACUGGACGCCGGGGUCCUGUUCGCCCUCAUGCGGGACCCCUCGCUGAACUUCAAGGUGGUGCAGCUGGUGAGGGACCCCAGGGCUGUGCACAAUUCCCGCAUGAAGUCCAAGCAGUCGCUGGUCAGGGAGAGCAUCCAGGUGCUGAGGAGCAAGAGCAAGAGGUCCCAAAGGGACAACAAGGGCUCCUGGCUCUCCAACAGAGCCCAACGGGCCGAAGCGUACGUCUCCAAAGCCCUGGAGGUGAUCUGUGAGGCUUGGAGCAGGGACCAGGCGCUGGUGAAGCGGUCUCCUGACUGGGUGCGGGCUCGGUAUCUCACCGUCCGCUACGAGGACCUGGUGUUGGACCCCCUGAGCAGCCUGAGAACGCUCUACACCUUCGCCAAUCUGACGGUCACGCCGGCCACCGAGAGCUACGUGUGGAACAUGACGCGUGGCGUGGGCUACUCCUCCGACCGGCCCUUCCUCAUCUCGUCCAGGGAUGCAAAGGAAGCUGUCAGCGCUUGGAAGAAGAGACUGAGCUUGUGGCAGAUCCAGCAGGUGGAAGAGAGCUGUCGAACAGCGAUGAAAAUGCUGGGCUACAGCCCGAGCAGCGUGGACAACACUUAGAGCCCUGCCUAGUUGCACUCAAAGAGACUGAGCUAAGGAAAACUGACCACACUCACACAGUGGAAAUGGGUGCUAUGUAGCGGAGGCUUCAUGUGCUGUGGCUUUUAAAAUAAAACAAAAAGCCAAGAAAACUAGAUUAGAAAAUAAAUGCCUUUGCUUGAUGCAGUGAUGGGUAUAAGUAAUGGACUCUCUGGUUCUCAUGUCGUCAGAACACAUCCAUACUUCACUUGUCCUGCAUUUAUUUGAGUCAAACUCACCUGAGCACAUCAUCUAAGCUGACAGCUGAGUGAGAGAUACCCUUUUUGGAAUGAAAGAUUUAUGCUGGGGCAUCGACACCCACCUGUGCAGGUAGAUCUGAAAUAUCCCAUGACAUUUCUUUUCCCAGAAAGAACAGGGUGCCCUCUCAGAGAAACAAAAGAAGCAAAACCCUACCAGCAGUGGAAAUCAGAACUGGGAACAUGCAGCAGGUCAGCAAUACCUGUGGAAACAGAAACAGAGUUAAUGUUUCAGGUUGGUAACCGUUUGUCUACUGUUGGACCGGUCAAUAUUAAGUUCUUGAACAAUGCCAAAACAGAUCAACAAGUCAGGCAUCUCAUUGUUAUUUGUAUGUAUAACAAACAUUCCAUGUAAACACAAAACGAUAGUCCUCAGAGGGUCAUAAAGAUCUCACAGCUCUAUUUUAAAGAACAUGGAGACUGCCAACAUUUAUUCCUUUAGUUAUUUUAAUCAACCUAUUAUUACACAGCUAUGGAGCAGGUAGAACUUGAACCCAGGCCUCCUGGUGCAGAAACAUUUAUCCCUCCAUCAGUUUCACUAAGGCAAACGAUCUGGUCCUUUCAUAUGGCCUUGCUGUGCAUAAGUUGGUUGUGAUUCUCAACGUCAUCUGUGCUUUGGAGUGUCGUGAAAGGUGUUGCAUAAAGAGAAUUUUUUUCCCCAGUGACUGCCCUUGGAAAAACGUAUUCACUGCUUGUCUGUUUCGUGGAUAUGAUUGGUACUUUAUAAAACUACUUUGUUCAUUUUCAAUUGUCAACAUAAUCAAGUGGUAGGUGAAGUUUAAUGAACUUGAUGAUCUGCUGAUUAAUUGGUUUCCAGCGUGAAGAAACUCUGGUUUAGUAUGGACAUGAACCUGAUAAUUUAGAGUUCAGCUUUUCAUUACCAGUUUUCUCAUAUUUUCAAUACACUUGUCAUCUAAAAACAACUAUUUAAUUAAAAAUGUAAAGAAAAAGAUGUUAAAAAUUAAAGUAUUUACCAACCUGUGUAAUAUUUUUCUUAAGUUGAGUACACACACACAUAUUUUGCAAUGCUUCUAUUUUUGUACAAACACUAUAUUGAUUGUAAAUAUGUAAAAGCAUAUCCAUGCAUUACAAUUAUCAACUAGCAUGAAUUGUGGAAACAUUGUUUGAUGUUUGUGAUCAUGUGUUUCUUAAAGAGGCAGCUCCCUCCCCAAAUCCCUCACUCUCCUACCCUACUUCAAUCAUAUUUUGUUUCAUCUCCUUCAUUCUUGACUGGUCAAGGCUUGAUGUAACAUUUCACUUUUGUAAGCGUUAUAGAGUCAUAUGAUACGGAAACAGAUCUUUGGUCCAACUAGUCCAUGCCGACCAUAAUCCCAAACUAAACUAGUCCCAUCUGCCUGCACUUUGCCUGUAUCCCUUCAAACACUUCUUUAAACGUAACUGUACCUGC